AUGGCAUCCGAUGACGAUGCAGCAUUUAAAGUGAAACUGGUGGAUGUUUAUCUAAAAGUUCGCAAAGUUAAAGUGAAUCCUAGUAGAGCUAUGUCUCACGAAGUUGCACUGAAAAAAAGCCCAGCCGUUUACCCUGUAAGGCGUGUGGACUGCAAAAGUUUCAUCAUUCCAUCAGGAAGCCCAUCGUUGCAAAAAGAUAAUCUUUUCAAUGGUUUGGUACCGAAAUCACUUGUCGUCGGACUUGUUGCAAGUGCUGCAUUCAAUGGUGCUUAUAAAUUACACCCAUUCAAUUUCCAGCAUUUCAACGUUUCAUCCUUAGGCAUUUCUGUAAACGGCAAAUCUCUACCAUCUAAACCUUUCAAGCUGUCGUUUGGUAACAAUCCUAGAUACAUAGAAGCAUUUCUAUCACAAUUUGCUGGCACUGGAAAAAUGUUUUUGAACGCCGGAAAUGGAAUUGAUCGUGAUGAGUUUCUAAAGGGUUUUGCUUUGUACUGUUUUGAUUUGACGCCUGAUAUGUGUGGUACGGGAGAACAUUUUAAUACAGUGCAAAAAGGAAAUCUUGCCAUUGACAUACAAUUCUCAACAGCACCAACUAAUGCUGUUAGUCUUGUGUGCUAUGGAGAGUUUGAAAACGUGAUCUUUAUCGAUUCGGAGAGGAAUGUUGUCUAUGACUACAUUGGUUAA